UUUAUUUUUCUCUCUCUCUUUCUUGGGUGACACAUGUUACGUCCAUAGUUCCUCUCUCUUUGUUCCUCUUGAUUCUCUCUACUCUCUUGAGAUUUCAUCUCGUUCCUCAAAUGCCGUUGCGGAAUUGGUACUAGUUAGGGUUUUUCUUCCAGAUAUCACUUCCCAACUCUUCUCACAACAGAUACCCGGCGUCAUGUUCAACCUCAAAAAGCCUCAUUUCAUCCACAGCUUUGAUCCCACUUCACAAUCGGAACGACUGAAAAUUCCAUCCAAGUUUGUAGCUAAAUUGGGAGGCAAGAGCAAUGGAACUAUUUUAUUGCUGGGGCCAAGUGGUAAAAGUUGGCAUGUCAGUCUGGUCCAAUCUGAUGACAACUUAUAUCUCCAAGAAGGAUGGACAACUUUUGUUCAAGACAACUUUAUAGAAUGUGGUGAUUCCUUGGUCUUCAGGUAUGAUGGUGACAUCUACUUCACUGUGCAAAUUUUUGAUCAAAGCUCCUGUGAGAAAGAAGCUGCUUUCAGCGCAGUGUGCAGUCAAGAUGUUAGUCAUUUGGACGAGCUUAUAGGAAACAAAAGAGAAAGGGUAAAUGUAGGUUCGUUUCUAGAUUGCUCUUUUGAGAGUCUACCUAAGAAGAUUAGGGGUUCCCAAGGACAUUAUGAGUUUUUGAACAAUAGCUUUGAACAAUGUGCUGAUGAAUCUGGAAAUUGCUGCACUGCAUCACAGAAUGUUGUCAGCCUUGCCAUGCCUAUUGAAGCAAAAUUCUACCACGAUGGUUCAGGAAACAAGGAGACUGAAAUGGCGUCAUCUGCUGAAGGUUGCUUGACCACAUUAUCAUGUUCCGAGGCAGAGGGGCUAGCUCAAUCAUUCUCUUCUUCUAAUCCAAACUUUAGGAAAACUAUGAAAAUGUUUAAUGUUGGUGGUUCAUUUACCUUGAACAUUCCACACCAGUUCUCUUUGGCUCAUCUUCCAAAGUGCAAAGUGAAGAUUGUUCUCCGUAAUUUACAGGGAGAAUGUUGGACAGUCAAUUCAAUACCAAGUACAAAGGUGCACAUGUCCCAUACUUUCUGUGGAGGAUGGGUGGCUUUCGUUCGUGAUAACAACAUCAAAUUUGGAGACAUUUGUAUAUUUGAACUAGUAGGAAAGUGCGAAUUGCGUGUGUACAUUCUUAGGGUUGGCAAGGAGUUGCAAGAUUGUCAAAGUGGUAAACCUGCUUUAAAAGGGUUAACCAACGAGCGAGCUGCAACGUUGCAGGAAAAGACGAAUAGAAAGAAAUGUCGCAAAAUUCAGUUGCAAAGGCUAAGCAUGAUUGAUGAUAAUAAAAUGUCUAGUUGGGACGAUAAAUUAAAUAGCAGAGCGUCAAAGAGUUCUCUUUUGAUGUCUCAAAAAGCUGGGAGUGGAAAAUUAGUCAGGAGUAAAAUCAACUUAGAAGACAAGCAGAGUUCAUAUACAAAGGGAUGCAUGUCUAUGAAGUCAGCACCUGAAGAGAAACUAGCUGCUCAAUGUUUUAGCUCUAGUUUUCCUCAUUUCUUCAGAGUUAUGAAGAAGUUCAAUGUCUGUGGUUCAUACACUUUGAAAAUUCCGUAUCAGUUCUCGAUGGAACACAUUCCUGAUUGCAAAACAGAGAUAGUUCUUAGCAACUUAAGAGGAGAGUGCUGGACUGUGAACUCAGUCCCCUCAAUAAGAGUGCAGACAUUACAUACUUUCUGUGGAGGGUGGAUGGCAUUUGUUCGUGAAAAUAAUAUUCAGUUAGGAGACAUAUUAAUCUUUGAACUUGUUGACAAACAUGAAAUGCGUGUGCACAUAUCCAGGCUUGGGAAGAAAGGUCUUUACUUUCAAAAUGGAAAUGGAAAUGCAGUUUCUGAGGAAACAACUAGGAUCAUUGAAUUUUGACCACACCUAGCCUGUUUCCUGGAGGGUUUCCUUGUUGAACAGAUAAAGAAAUUGGGAAAGUUUUGUUGAGUAUUUGCGGUAGUAAUGUUGAAAUGCUUAUAAAACAUGUAAUCUCUCAAGUAUUCCGGCCUCAUUCGGUUGUAACUAGUAAGUAGUAUUCAUAUCCCAUUUAUUUACCUUGUUAUGCUUAAUGUAGAUGUGUGAUUAAUGGCUCAUAUUCUAAUCGACCAAUUUUUCAUUUUUAGGUUAGUUUUGUUGAUGCAACUUUCAUUCCAGUCUGCAAAAUGUAAUAUUCUCUUUUGAAAACUCCCUAUCUAAAGGUUGCAUGUGAGGUUACAUUUUUUUUUUGCUG